UUCACUUUAAGGUUAGCGAGUUUAAACACGGAGACCGAUGAUACAAGCGAUGGAAGCGACACAGAGUACAGAGCUACCAGGCUGGAGACCAAUAACGACAAGUAAGAGCCACUUGACUUCCUAAUCUUGAAGCUACUAAAUAUUUAAUCAUGUAUAAAGAAGUCUAGGGAGUAAAAACUGCAACCGCUCAAGGCGACACUUCAGGCAAUUGGUUUGGAUAGACAGGCUGUUUGUAGCGAAAAUAAAAUCGACUAACUGAUUAAUUCUGCAUGUCGUUCGUUAAAUUGUUAAGGCAGUCCCUGUAUAUCAAACCAUAUCAAAACAAAUCAUGGAUUGAACGUGCUCGUAGACAUCGGCAGCCGAGGCAUUUGUCUCUUUCAAAAUGCGAAGUUUCUUGAUCUUCUGUAUGCAAUACAAAAGGGCUAUAUAAAUUAUUAUUAAAAACUGAAUCAUUGGAUAUUGCAAUUCUGGAGCUCUAAUUGGCUUGGCCAUCAUGGUAUUUGAGCCAUUGUAUACCAUGCUCUCCAAACAUGGUAACCGUACGCGUCUGCACAAAAUUAAAAACAAGCUGAAAAUCGUUUGUUUUUACAAAUAAAGUCGGGAAGAAUUCUCGAUGUUUUGUGGGCGUUUUUAAUAAAACAGUUAUUCCACUCGCACUUGUUGGAUAUGAGAUGAUGAUAGCCAACUCAUCGCUAAGCGCCUCUUUGGCUAUCCACCAUCUCAUAUCGAGCAUAUAAGCCUUGCAGAGAGGGAGUGCUUGUAAUAUGGUAAAUGUAAAUAUCCAACGGGCACUCGUGGAAUCAGGAAUAAUUGUUACUUAUCACUUGUCGCUGAUAUUACUUCUGGUGAUUGAUUUAUUUUCUAGUAUUUCCCUGCAAAUAUCGAUCCCUCUGGGUACUGGACUUCUUCUCUGCCCCAGUAAUGUACUUGUUGGGUAGAUCCAGAACAAAGAUCGUUGUAGGUGAUUGGAAGAAUUUUAAAAUUUGAUUAUCAUAGGGCACUCUUAUAAUUUUACUCUAAAACCGUCAGUGUUUUUUUUUUAUAUUUCUUGUCACGUUAAUGGCGAGCUUAUACUUUGUUUUCAUUGAUCGUUUUUUAAGAACGAACUUAAGGCGUGAACUAAGGAUGGGCGAGCUAUUGUCUUCCGUCCAUCUGUCUAAGAGGGACGGACCAUUAGGACUGUUAAAAAAAAAAAGAGAAGGGAAAAUUAAAUUGAAAAAAUUCCGUCUUCCGAAAUAUUCCAUCUUCUGAAAAAAAAUUCACAAGGAAUUUGAUAAUGGUCCGUCCCUAAGCAAAGACGUUUUUGAGCGACAUUCCUUGAAUCUACCAAAUUUGCAUUGCUUAGUGUCUUUACUCAUUUGGGGCGAAACUACAGCUUAGGAAUGAAAACGUUUACUUACGGUUGACGUACGUCGCUGAAAAACGCCUUUGCUUAAUUGAAAAACGGAAGUGACUAACUCUAGUUAUCCGUCCUUUUUCCGCACGGUAUAGAGGCAUCCGCUAAGAGGUAGUUUAGUGUGUCAGGUAAAGCGAUUAACAUUGUAGUAGGGCCAUUUUUAUCCCACACAACACCUUAAUUUGGGCUGAAGAAGGGCUAGCGCAUGGAAAGACAGCUUUCGAAUCUUUUUACGAUCAUUAUGGUAAAUUGAUUUUAUUAAUCUGACUGACACGUAAUGAUACUUCAGGCUGUAUUGACCUGCUUAAAAUUGAUCUUACAGGGUCUCUCCAUGCGAACUACGACAAACAAAGAAUAGAACACCCUCUAGAAACGAGGAAGGAGUCAAAAAUUAUACCCCUCCUACAACUAGUGAAACAAAUGAAAAGCACAGCAGCGAGGUACCUUCAAAUGCAACCGCACCUAAUUCUCCUUUGGGGGCCCAAGACCAUUCCCCAGCGGACGACAACGAAUUAUUUUCUGCCGACUACGUCGAAAAGCUGGUGGCUUCGUUUUGGAGCAAAGUUGAUAAGAAGAUUGAGACAGUUGUUUCACAAUACCACACGAGUCCGCAGGCCGGUCAGCAAUAUACUUCGCAAGAAAAUGCGCAGGCUGAUACGAACGAAGCAGAGGAAGAAUCGAAAGGUAACAAUCAAGCCUGAAUGGUAUAUUGUAUUUUUUAGUAGACUUUUACUUUUCAUUAAAGUAAACACGAUUAUAAUCAAUUAAUUUCUUCAUUUUUUUACAGCAACACUAACUUCUUUAAGAAUCAUUAAACUGCGAGUGACUUGGUAACGGUAUUGGCGACUGUUUGCAUUUAGAAGCUCUUUUCUUAGAGGGACUGAGAUUCAGCCUGACUUAUGAUCUCAGUUCAAGUUGGAGAACACAAGACAGAAGUCACUCAAAAAGGCAAUUAUCCUAAAUGUUCAUAUUUGCUCUCUUUCAGAAAAGAAGUGUCCCCUUUCCAAAUCCCCUGGUGGGAUUUGCGUCUUUGUACUUUUUAUAUUUCAGGUGAGGAUUGUAACUAAGCAAAUGACACUGUAGUGUGGUGAAUUUAUAUAAAUACAAUUAAGCAUCAAUAAUAUUACUAAUAACAUAAGUAUAUACUACAAUUACAUAGACGACUUUUACCUUUUCUAAGCGUGGUGAAGUAACUCACAAAAUUUUCGAAUUCUUCGCUUCACACUUAUCAUUCCUUUUCUAAGCGUUCUAAGAAUCUUCUGAUGGAAAUAUUACAUUUUAUUGACGCUUAAUAUAUGAUAGUAAAUGAUCAGUUAUAUAUCAUAUGGCUUGGAAUGUUUACUUAUAUAAACGUUUUCUUUUUUUCAAUAGACAUUAAAUAAAAUUUGGACCCUUUGCAAAGAGAACUUGAAGAGCAAAGGAAAGGUAAGUACGGUUACCUGUUAACAAUUCACCAGGUAAAUGUCACAAUAAGAGCUGACAGUUCACAGCCUUUCUAUUUUCUCGCUCCAAACGAAGAAGAGUGCAAAAAUCAACGAGAGAGGCGAAGGCGAGGCAAAGAUGGAGGUCGGGGAUUGCAGGCGAGGAAAAGGAAGGAGUGAAAAUGCUAUUUUCCAAAGAUGCGCGACAGUCUCUGUAUUCUCUUGCUUUCUGCCCCUCCUUCACUCACUCGCGCACCGCGUAGCUUGCGUAACUGAAGGUUUUUCAGUGUGUUUUUUCUUUUGUGGUUCGGAAAGUAAGAGUUACAGCUGCGUAAAAGCUGAACCGAGGUGGAAACAGAAAACGACAUGGGGGAGAGAGCGAGGGGAGAAGGCAGUGAGAAAAACCGCCUGCAAUUUUUCUCACUGCCUUCUCUCCUCGUCCCCUCCCCCAUCGUUUUCUUUUUCGUCCUCGGUUCAGGUUUCGCGGGGCUGAAUCUCUUCUUAAUGCAUCACCAAAGAAAAAACACACCAAAAAGCCCGCCAACUGCGCAGACUGCGCACCGCGUUGACAAACGCGCUUAGUUCGCGUACCGAUCAAACAGAGCGUUUUCAGAUCCCGCCGCAGUGGUGGCCACCAUACCGAACAGGGGAUCAAGUGGCAGAUACAUGAUAAAAAAAAAACAGAUGUAGUAUUUUGUUCUGUUAGUUACUUUGAGCAGGAGCUCGUAACCAGGGUUACGGGUUAUGGGUUAGGCUUUGAAGCAGCAGAAUAUCAGAGAAAGAAAUUAACUGCAAAACCGUGGACUAACGUCCUGCUAGUUGUCAACGUUGGAUCUCUAGCUGAAAGAGAUCUAGUCAGCUAAAGUAUUAAGAUAAAAAAAAUAGAAGUCCAAAGACUAGUACAAAGCUGAUAAUAAUAACGUGCAUUGGUUAUUAAGAAUAAUAUUCGGCUGGCCAUACUAGCCUUCUUCAGGUUUACAGAUGUCCCUGAAUUUAUGAUAGGAAUUACAACAUUAUAUAGAUGGAGAAUGUCGCACUAAAAAAUGUUUAAAAGGGAGAGGCGGAAAUGACGUAUAACAUAAAAACGAAAAGAUAAACUAAUAAAGAUAUAGAUUACAAUAAUUCGCACGGCUUUUUAAGCCAUUAGGCUCAAGAAUCAUGGCCUUAUCUAUGAAAUGUGACUCCCUCGCCUUACGGACUGAGUCACGUGAAGAAUAUCAGAGAAACCGUUUUUGCAACCAAAUCGUGAAAGAGCCUCCUCCAAUAUAACCUACCUUAUUAUUGGAUGCAAAUUUUUCUUCCUUUUCAUUGGCCGAGAAUUCACAACGUGACCUGCAAAUAACUGCCCACAAAUAAUGGUCUGCUCAUGCGCAACUGUGUUUGGCCGCUUACAUGAGCAAAAUGGGAAGGAAGCCAUUUGAUCUCUGCCAUUACUCAUGCACGAAAGGCAAUGCGCUCUUACCCCUUCCCGAAGAUAUUCAUUAAAAAAUAAACUCGGUAACCGAAUGAUAAAACAAUUUUUGAACUCGGUUAUCGCAAAAUAUCGUGAUUUGCCGGUGUCUCGCAGAUCAAUUAUUUGCCUCAGUCGCUGGCCAGUAACCUGACAAAUCACAAUAUUUUGCUCAACCUCACUCAAUAAUUGUCAAUAAAUUAUUUAGAGCUAACUCUAAACCAACAUGACAGGAAUGGUUUAAGGAUGGAAUGUGGAGGAACAAUCUGAGAGCAAUCAUCACCCAUCGACAUGCUAAUUUCACUGUUGUCAUGGUAACGCUGAUGGACUGUUUCCUGGUGACUGCCAAUAUCUUUGCAGACUUUAAUAUUAUUGACGGUAAGAUAUUUGGUUCACGUAAAAUAGCUCUUAGAUCUUAAAAGAAAAAAAUGCUUCAAACGAAAUCGAAAUGAUUUUACUCUUUUCUCAAAUCUUCCUCGUCAAUCUUUGUAAUUCCUAGCCUGACCCGUGGAGCACGACUCGUUCUGACUGAGCGUCGUGGUUCUCCGGCUUAACUAUUAAAUUUGCAUGUUUGUUUUACAACACACCUACCUCAUCCUCGACUGGACACAAGAACAUAUAACUUACGAAUUUCAAAACACUUUCUUGCAGAUAAUGGAAUUGAGUUUAUAUUUAGAAGCUUUCUUUAUAUCAACUUGGCGGUAAUGUUCCUGUUUCUUUUUGAGGUAAGCUAAAUCUGAAUAAAUCAAACACUGAAUUAAAAGAAAACUAUGACCGAGAAAGAACAAACCAUGAUCCGAUAUCUACCGGAUUAACUGGAUACUACCAAAAAUAUCUCGAUCAUAUCAGAUUCAAACAAAAACAACCUUCCACUUAACAAGUAGCAGCUAUUAUUGAUUAUCAUUGAUUACAAUCAUUUUCCAGCAUCAAGGGCUGAAUUCAAUCUACUUCUUUUCUAGGCCUCUCUCUUCGCUAAGGUUGAACUUCAGCAACACGUCUCAGAUAAUCCAUUUUAUUUAUAUUUUUGUCCGUUUUCAAAGAUAAAAUUCAUGGGCUGGCCUGCGUUCUUUUGAAAGAAAAGCGGUGGAAAAAUGACCAAUUUCAGGACUGAAGUACACGAAUGCACCCAGCCAUAUCACCAGGGUAGUAGCAGCCAUGGACAGCUGUUUCGCUUAAUUAAAGGGGUGCUUUUGCACUCUCCUUGGUAGUAAAUGACAGGGUCGAUGAUCGCAAGUGAGACUUCUUUCUUGGGGCCAUGCCAUGCUGAUGAAUCCAGUGAAGACGAAACAGCUGUCCAUGGCUGCCAUUGCCCGGGUGAUAUGGCUGUGCGCAUGCGUAAGGUACUGGCCAUACCGCGGAAAAUCGGGAAGUUGGUAGUGUGUGCCUUAGUGCUGAAAUUGAUAACAAAAUAAUACGAAUAAAAGCACAUUUUUAUUGUGUGAUGAAAUAUGUGAUCCGAUGCUUAGUUCAGGUCGCCCAUUUUGGUGCCUAAAUGUUAUUAACGCUAUCAUUAAUAUAGUUCAUAAAUAAAAGCUUAUACAGAAUGGUUUUAAAUUAUUCAUCAGUGUUUCAUAAGAAUGAUUAUUCUUCGAGGAGACUUAUUUCAAGACAAGAUGGAGGUAAUGAAUGUAAUAUUGAGAAUAACGUUAUCAAGAGGGACUGUUAUGUCGUCCUACUUCAAAAGCUGUCGUGGUUGUGAUACUAGGAACCUUAAGAUCCGACGACGGCGACGGCAACGGGAACGCCACAAGUUUAAUUAGCAAAACAACAAUUUUGCACGUGCAUCACGCUUUUUUUGUGCAUUUCUUUGCCGUCCUACACCACUCCGACGUGAAAAUGCCUAAUUUCACGAUGUACAGAGGAAGUACACAAGCGACGACGAAAUUUCCUCUCUCUUUCUGAACUUGAAUAUGGUUCUAAGGAAUUCAACUUUAGGAGGGUUCGCCUACAUUUGACAAAGUUAGUGACUUGGAGUAAUCGCGAUCAAGAUUGAAAGAACGCGAAUUCACUUUUUCAGCGACGUUUUCUCAGCCGUCGCCGUCCUUAGUUACUUUUGUCGUAGCUACAACGACAUUAUAGGAAAAAUUAAGUACUCAGUAAAGGGCAAUACGGUCGUACAACUAACUCAUUAACAUACAUUGCAUGGAGUUAAGGAAGUCAAUCUAAUCAAGUUCGGUCUAACAAUUGUAUCUCAAGUAAUCUUUAUACAAUGCGCUUUCACCGACAAAAAUUUAAAUACAAACAGUGACAUUGUUUAUUCUACAUGAGGUAUUAAGAGCGCUUCCAUUUGUCAGAACUGACCGACCAGACCAUUCCCGUCGCAAUGAGAAUCUCACUUUUGCUCAAAACUAUCCAGCCAGAUCAAUCAAAGCUUAAAUAGUAUGUACGAAGGUUUUCAUCAAGAACUCUUGGAAAAAGCCUAUUUCAAUUGUCAAAAUGACUGGUCCGGCCGUGAAUAAGACCUUUUCACGGUUUUUGACGAGUAGACAAACGCAUGAGAAAUUACAGUGUUUGUAUGAGAAUCUAAAGACGAAUAAUUUCUGUAAAACGGCUGUUUUCAAGAUCAUAGGCAUGAUGCAAUGUGUACGCAUGGAAUCAUCUCUGGAAUCAUAACCUCAUUUUAUGUGUACACAAAACAUCACUUCUGGAAUCAUAACAUGAUUUUAUGUGUACACAAAACAUCAUUUCUGGAAUCAUAACUUGAUUUUAUGUGAAUACAUAACAUCAUCUCUGGAAUCAUAACCAGAUUCUAUGUGCCACAUAAGAUCAUCGAUGGAAUCAUAACCUGAUUAUAUGUGUACACACAACAUCAUCUCUGGAAUCAUAACCUUAUUUUAUAUAUAAACAUAACAUCAUCUCUGGAAUCAUAACUUGAUUUUAGGUGUACACAUAACAUCAUCUCUGGAAUCAUAACUUCAUUUUAUGUAUAUACAUAACAUCAUCUUUGAUUAAGAUAUACAAUGGAAUCAUAUUAAGAUGUUAAGGGUACUUGUCAAAUAAUAUUAUGAUUGUUAUUAUGCAUACAGGACUAUUACAUCAUCACAUGAAUCAUCACAUAUGAUUCCGUAGCUUGAAUUCCAGUGUCGAACUGAAUGGCCGUUUUCACAAUAGAGACUGAUUAUCCGUUUGAGAACGGAUAAUCCAUCUUCAAAAUCCGUCAAAAUUGACGGUAAAACAAAUGGGUGAAGUCAGGCAGAUUUUCCAUCCAAAUUAAGACCGUUUCAUUUUCAAAGACGUAUUAUUAUCCGUUGGAUAAUUCGCGUCAGACAGAUAAUCAGCUUCUAGUGUAAAUACGGCCAAUGAGUUCAUUUUGAGUAAGGAUCGUGCUGCCAGGUGGAAAUAGUAGCACGAAAAACGUUACGUUUUUGUAAAGCUAGUGGAUAGAAAUUGUGCCCUAUAUAUUCUAAGGAUGCCAACAGCGCUUUAUAGGCUUUAAAAUAACAUUGUUUUCCUUUCACUUAGGGAUUCGAUGUCCUUCUUAUGAUUUUCUACUUUCUGGUGGAAGUAUUUUCAAGCAAUGGUUUCAGGUGUGAAAACAGUUACUGAGAUUAACCGAUUAUGAGUUAAAUGUUAUAAUAGAUUAUGAAGGCUUAACCAAAUUUAAAGGAAUCUUCAAGGCCUGUUAAGAAGCUCCUUAACGCAGUGGAGAGGAAAGGUCUUCUGUGACUCUUUGAAGAAGGAUGGUCCCUGUUGUCGCGGAUAACAAAAGCUUCACUCGCGCAUCGUGCGUUUAAUCUGUUGUUUUGCAGGUUUUUUCCUCAGUUGGAGAGAGCUGAAAUUCGCUUGGGUUUUGCACAUUUAACAUAACGGUGAUGAAUAUUGCAAAUAGCAAAAAGUUCGGGGCAUUCAAGGAACCGGGACAGAAAGGCGAGAAAGUUUUCUUCCCCACCCUUCACCCCCAUAUCCCCCCGCCUAGUUUUAGCUGAAAGCCCUCCUCUUUGAUUACGCACGCUUCUUUUUCUUUCCCAAUCAUACUUUGGUUUAAGAAUCCAAGAAAAUGGAAGGGAAAAUCCGGCCCUGGGAAAGAGAAAGAGUGAAAGAGUUCCCCACGCUCUUGUCUGGAAAAACCACGCAUGCAUAUAGAGAUUAACUAAGUACAUAAAAUGAAAACUUUUUCUGUGGUUCUUGUCUUUCAGUGACGUUAGUAAACCAUAUCCGAAGUACAUACACAUGAUUGUUAUCCUGCGUUGUUGGCGUAUAAUAGCUAUAUUAGAACGUGAGUUGAAUAAUUAUCGAUAUCACGAGGACAUUUUGGGAAUUUUUCAAUUAUUCGAUAAACACAAUAUAUAGUUAUUUACUUUCAACUCUCGUGUUUGCUUUUGUAGAGCUACGAGAAGAGAAAGAAGCAGAACUCGUCCACGCCAUGGAAAGCCAGACCACAAGAUAA